AUGGUGGGGCAGCUGUGCUCAAUUAAAGGCGUUGUGACGCGAACCUCGCAGGUGCGACCGGAGCUGGUCGUUGGCGUUUUUCGCUGCAAUGACUGCGGGACGGAAAGUCAGCCUGUUCUACAGCCAUUCCAUUACACGGAGCCUCCGGCCUGCCGCGACCCAGAGUGUGAGAACAAAAACCGCUUUCAACUUGUUCCGAGCCAUCCGCAGACGAGGUUUGGUGACUGGCAGAAGGUACGGCUGCAGGAGGAUGCUAAUAACAUUCCUGCGGGGUGUGUACCGCGCACCAUGGAGCUUAUCGCGCGUAACGAUGCGGUGGAGGUGGCGAAGCCGGGUGAUCGUGUCAUUGCGGUUGGCUGCCCCAUCGUCGUUCCCGAGGUGGCGAAGCUGCUGAGUCAGUCUCAUCGUCGAGAGGUGCAGCGGGAGAUGUCGGGGGUGCAGCGAGCGCAGCAGGAGGCGCAGCAGGAGAUGGAGGGCGCCACGGGACUGCGAGCCUUGGGUGUGCGGGAGCUCAACUAUCGCAUGUGUUUUUUGGCAACCACCAUCACGGACGCCAACGGUGAUGAUCGAAAGAUGACGGAGGCGGUGAAGGACUCUGCUGACGGUGCCGCGGAGCGGGCGCAUGUCCGUCUCACACCUGCGGAGCUAGAAAAGGUGCAGCUGAUGCGCAGUCACGAUAAUCUGCUCAAGGCGCUCACCGAAUGUGUUGCCCCAAACAUCUUCAAGCACGAUGUUGUGAAGCUGGGCCUGCUGCUGCAGAUGGUGGGCGGGGUUUCAAAGAGCACCUUGGAGCAGAUCGGGCUGCGGGGGGACAUUAACGUCUGCAUUGUGGGCGAUCCCUCAACGGCCAAGUCGCGGUUUUUGAAGUGGGUGGCAAGCAACGUGUCCCGAGGGGUGUACACCAGCGGGAAGGCCUCUACGGCGAGUGGUCUCACGGCGACCGUCACGCGCGAUGCGGACACCGGGGACCGCACCAUCGAGGCAGGGGCUCUCAUGUUGAGCGACCGCGGAGUCUGCUGCAUUGACGAGUUUGACAAGAUGGAGGUGAAGGAUCAGGUGGCGAUCCAUGAGGCGAUGGAGCAGCAAACCAUCUCCAUCGCCAAGGCAGGGAUUAAGGCGACGUUGAGUGCCCGCACGUCACUCCUCGCGGCGAUGAAUCCCAUUGGGGGGAAGUAUGACCGUCGCAAGCCCCUGCAGAAGAAUGUGGCCAUGACGGCGCCCAUUAUGUCCCGGUUUGAUCUCAUGUUUGUCAUCGUGGAUGAGUCCAACGACGACGCGGACUACGCGAUUGCCGAUCAGCUGCUGCGGCUCCACCGCUUCGGUGACCGUGCCGUGCGUCCACCAUUUUCACCGGAGGAUUUUCAGUUGUAUCUCCGCUACACGCGCUCCCUCACGCCCCGCCUUAAGGAGGAGUCGGUGCAACUCAUUGUCUCGGCGUACCGUGACAUGCGGCUGCAGGACUCCCUCUCCAACCGCAGUAAGGUGUACCGUGUUACAACGCGUCUUUUGGAGAGCAUCAUUCGCCUCUCCGAGGCUGUGGCGAAGCUGUACAUGAGCGAGGACGUGAGGCCGGCUCAUGUGGAAGUGGCCCUGGAGCUCAUGCGCCAGUCCCUUUCAACGCUGGACAUGACCGAGGUGGAGCUUGUCGGCACUUUGGAUCCCUUUGAAAUAGCCUCCGAGGGCGUUAAAAAGGAGCCACUGGAGGAGCAGUGGGGGCAGCAGCAGCAGCAGCAGCAGCAAGAGAUGCGGCAGGGAAAGACGAAGGAGCAGUCAACGGCGGCGAGACGCAAAAGGGGCAAGGCUGCGGCCGCCGCUGUGGCAGCCGCAGCGCCUGCACCUCGAAAAGCGGUUAUCAGUGCCGACCACUACUUUGGGAUUGUUAACCGCAUUGUUGCCAGGCUGCAGUCACUGGGGGAGGCCAGCCCGCCAUCCCGUGCGGAGCUGGUGACUUGGUACAUGGAGCAAGUGCGCUCCCUCAAUAAAUCACAGCUAGAGGCGGAGUUGCGUUACGUGAACCUCGUCAUUCAAAAGAUGCUGAAGGAUGGAAAUCUGCUUGAGGUGGAGGUCCAGGAUGGGGAGGGCGAAAAGAUCUUCCUUGACCCCAACUACAACCCCGACGUCACACAACAAUAA